AUGAGUGCUGUGAAUCUUAACACAUGGACACACUCCAAUUUCAUGUUCAAUCAAGUUACUGCUACCAGAUUCAGAUCCAGAUCCACAUCCACAUCUUUCUAUUUUACCAAAAUACCCUCCACCAUUAAACCCCAAACUCAUACCCAAUCCAUGAACUCUUCUUCUUUUCAUUUUUCCGUUUCAGCUUUGCUCACUAAACAAGAAACAAUUGAAACCGAAGAGAAACCAGUUUUCGAUUUCAAAUCCUACAUGAUCGAAAAAGCAACUAGGGUUAACAAAGCCCUAGACGACGCCGUUUCGUUACGCGAACCAUUAAAAGUUCACGACGCUAUGCGAUACUCUCUCCUCGCCGGCGGAAAGCGCGUCCGCCCCGUCCUAUGCUUAGCCGCCUGCGAUCUCGUCGGAGGAACCGAAUCUAUGUCGAUGCCAGCCGCCUGCGCCGUCGAAAUGAUCCACACUAUGUCGCUCAUCCACGACGACCUUCCGUGUAUGGAUAACGACGAUCUCCGACGAGGAAAACCGACGAAUCACAAAGUCUACGGAGAAGACGUCGCGGUUCUCGCUGGAGACGCGUUACUCGCUUUCGCCUUCGAGCAUAUUGCAGUUUCUACAUCCGGCGUUUCUCCGGCGAGAAUCGUCCGCGCGAUCGGAGAAUUAGCGAAGUCAAUCGGCUCAGAAGGACUCGUUGCCGGUCAAGUGGUUGAUAUAAACUCCGAAGGUUUAUCUGAUGUGGGAAUAGAGAGGCUCGAGUUCAUUCAUCUUCAUAAAACCGCGGCGUUGUUAGAAGGUGCGGUUGUUCUCGGUGCGAUUCUCGGUGGCGGUUGCGAUGAAGAUGUUGAAAAACUGAGAAAAUUUGCUAGGUAUAUAGGUUUAUUGUUUCAGGUUGUUGAUGAUAUUCUUGAUGUGACGAAAUCUUCGCAAGAAUUAGGUAAAACGGCUGGGAAAGAUUUGGUAGCUGAUAAGGUUACUUAUCCAAAGCUUAUGGGGAUUCAAAAAUCUAAAGACUUUGCUGAGAAAUUGAACAGGGAUGCACAGGAUCAGCUUUCUGGCUUUGAUUCUAGGAAAUCUGCUCCUUUGAUUGCUUUGGCUAAUUACAUUGCUCAUAGGCAAAACUAA